AUGGAAAGUAUAGAAAAAGAUAAAACUAAAUAUAGGCAAAGGCUAGAGUGGUCGCCACUUAUAGUGUUAACGUUAGCACAUAUCAUAGGAAUCUGCGGAUGGUUUUAUUGUCUCAGAAGUAUGCGUCCCAUGACUUACAUCUGGACGUAUGUCAUGGCCGUCGCGGCCGGUUUGGGAAUACUGAUGGGCGCCCACCGCCUGUGGACCCAUCGCUCGUACAAAGCCCACUGGUCUGUAGAGACAGUACUCAUGAUAUUCCAGACCAUAGCUAUGCAAAGAAGUAUUUUUCACUGGAGUCGUGACCACCGAAUGCAUCACAAGUACUCGGAAACAGACGCCGACCCACACAACUCCAAACGGGGAUUCCUAUUCUCGCACAUAAGUUGGCUAUUUUACCACAAACACCCGGAGCUCAUUGAGAAAAGCAAACAGAUUGACCUGACUGACCUUAGAAAUGAUCCAAUUGUCAUGUUUCAAAGAAAGCACAUUGCCAUUUUGACAUUACUGAUUGGUAUGGUAAUGCCCGUGGUCGUACCAAUGCUUUUAUGGGAUGAAAGCUUUAUUAAUGCAGUCAUUGCUAACAUAUUUCGGUUUGUUUACGGACUUCAUUGCGGAUUCUUGGUCAAUUCAGUGGCACAUAUAUGGUAA